AUGACCCAGGGUUCCGAGGGGAAACGCGAAGCCCCUGCCACCUGUUCCGAACGCACCGACCAACGGUUGACUGAGUGUAAGUCGAUCAGCCAUCAGAUCCGGGAAUGUCCUGGGAUCACCCCCGAAGUGAUCAAGCAACUGCUAAGAGCGCACGGAAGUACGUUCGAACGUGGUCGGAGCGGCGAGAAAGAAGCCCCGGGAGCACCUGGUGGCCGCGUGGCGAUGGAGGAGACGGAUGUCCCGGACGCGAAACGGCCUGAGCUCCCGACUAUUGUGGCCUGUUUUCUGCGCUAUUGGCUGCGGGAGCUCCCCGAGAAUACGGUCAUGUGUCCGAUGGAACUACGACCGUACGGGGCGGACAGCCAAGUGAUUACUGUGACGAAACAAGUUCGCCUGGGCAGCCUGGAAUUCAAGACCACGUGUGGGCCGCUGAUGUUGCGAGGGCUCCUGGUCUGUGUCGAUGAAACCGUAGCACCCGUUGAGCUGACGCUGGGUCUGCCUGUGAUGCAGAAGCUGGGCUACAAUGAGUACACACUGCUGAAGAAUGCACGCUGGCAGGAUGCCGUAUGGGAUUUCGGUGAGCAGACGAUCACGACUCCGGGAGUCGCGAUGCACCGUACCCUGUGGAUGGGAGCCUUGUCAGACGGUAUCGACGACGACGAAGGGAUGGCGUGUGCAACGCCAGAACAUGGAAAUGCGCCUGACGGCGAUGGUCCGGUGCGUAUUGUCCUGGAAGCCAAGGUGGCAGAGGCGUCUGUCGCGGGCAUGCCAAUAGCAGCUGUCGAGCAGCUCCGGGACGUGUUCCGGCUGAAAUUCGGGAAAGACCCGCCGGUCAAAGUGGAACCGUUGAUGCUCCUCAAGGAAGGGGUUGCCGGAGAAGUCGGAACUGCGGCGCUACCCUCCCACCCAUAUGGCGUUAUUGGAAAAGCAUGUCCGGGAGCUGGUAGAAGCGGGUCUGGUGUACCGCAACACUAG